AUGUGGCCUCGCGCCCUCCCUCUCUCCCCACCAUUUCUCCUCCCUCUCUUCUUCAAUGCCAUCGACCUGACGGCUGCAGCGCCAGCCCCCCAAGACUCGCCCGCCUAUCAAUGGCAGAGCCAGCUGGGCAGUAUCCAAGAAGAUUGGCAGAAAUACGUGCGCGCGCCGUCCUCCACCACCAUCCUCCCCGUCAGCUUCGUGUCGAAUGAAACCUUGGGCUACUACACCCAAGGCAACGUCACCAAUCCCAAUGGCCUUUUGACUCCGGGCGGCGAGCCAACCAUCUUGACGCGCCAGCCGGCGACGUCUGGCUCUGCUGCACCAGACGUCACGCCUGUGAUCGUGGUCGACUUUGGCCAGAAUAUCGCGGGUUACCUCUCGAUCAGGUUCGCCGGUGCUUCGAAUAGCACGCCUGGGCUGCCGGGUAUCAGGUUGGCUUUCUCGGAAUCAAUCCAGUAUGGGUACCUCACCAACUUCAGCGAUUUCUCGCGCUCAGACAAUGCAAGUUCCAUAUCUGGAGAUACUAUCACUCCAGGGAGCGAUCAGAUUGCUGUCCAGCCCGAGCCGUAUACCUGGACUGACACCCACGGCUGCGAGUAUGGUACUCAAGUCUGCGCCGAUGGAAUCCACGGCUUCCGCUACCUGAAGAUCUACCUGGACGCCCUUCCGGCCGAUGCCCCCCACACCACUUCAUAUGGCCAAGUGGCCAUCGACUCCUUGAGUGUGAACUACACGGCAUUUCUGGGCACGCCGGACACCUUCACGGGGUGGUUCGAGAGCUCCGAUGAGCAGCUUAAUCAGUGGUAUUAUGAUGCGGUUUACACGACGGACUUGUGUACCGAUAUUCUCGAUGCCAACUCCACCGAUCCGCGAAAUGCUGCCAGUCCUGGAGUGCUCGGGAAAUUGGUACUGCUCGAUGGUGCGAAACGAGAUCGUCUCCCUUAUAGCGGUGAUCUUGCUGUAGCAGCUCGCACGUCCUACCUAACCCGUGACGUUCCUCAAGCAGCUCGCAACGUCCUCGCUGAUUUGGCAGAUCACCAGAGAGCGGACGGGUGGAUCCCACCAGCAAGCAUUAACAACUACAGUCUAGCACUCCUUGAUUACCCUCUCUGGUGGGUAGCAAACAGCUACGACCUCCUCAUGUAUACUGGUGACACGGGCUUCUUUGACACCUACUACCAAACCAUGGUCAACACCCUCGACAACUUCUACCCCUCCGUCACCAGCCCCGCAACCCAGCUCAUCACCAAAGGCUUCGGCGUGUCCGGCAGCUACGGCGACUAUGCCUUCCUACCACGCACGGGGGCCGUGACCUACUUCAAUGCCCUCUACGUCCUAGCCCUCAACAACGCCGCCUUCAUCGCCACCUACCUCGGCCACGCCUCCGACGCCAGCCGCUGGACUGCGCGCGCCCAGAACGUCUCCUCCGCCAUCAACGCCCUCCUCUUCGACCCCAGCGCCGGCGCCUUCUACGACGGCAGCUGCGGCUCCUCCCCCUGCGCCACUCACGCCCAAGAUGGCAACUCCCUCGCCAUCCUCAGCGGCGUCGCCAACAGCACGCGCGCCCAUUCCAUCCUCUCUUACAUGGACACCUCGAUGAGCCUCCCCUACGGCCACGCCUUCUACGACAACGACCUACUCGGCUCCUCCUUCUCCCAACGCGUCUACGCAUUCACAUCCUACUUCGAGAUCUCCGCUCGCUUCCACGCCCACCUCUCCCUCUCCGCCCUCACCGAGCUCCGCCUUCUCCAUUCCUGGAUGUCCUCUCACGACCCAGGAAUCACCCUCUGGGAAGCCAUCGGCCCCUCGGGCCUCCCCUACGAAGGCGCCUUCACCUCCCUCGCCCACGCCUGGUCCACCGGCAUCGUGCCCCUCUGCAGUACCUACAUCCUGGGCCUCGUCCCCACCUCCCCGGGCUUCCUCUCCUUCCUUCUUUCCCCGCAACCCGCAGAUCUGGCCUGGGCGCGAGGUCGCGUCCCCACCCCGAAUGGCAAUAUCUCAGUAACUUGGAACCGCAGCGCUGAGUUGGGCUUUUUUUACCUCUGGUUCGAGGCUCCAACGAAUAGUAAGGCGGAGGUGAACGUGCCGGUUGAGAAUGCGAGUGCGGAUGUGUAUGUAGAUGGCCGCAUUGCGUGGCGGGGGGGCGAGCAGCUAGGGUUUGAUGCGAGUUAUAGGGAUGAGGAGGGGGAGGGGUACGUGAGUUUGCAGAUCGAGGGCGGUACGCACACGGUUACGGUGGGGUUUAGCGGGUCGUAG